CCACAUGAUCCAAUCAAAUUUCAGUUAACAAAUAGCGAUUAAAGAGUAAGAAACAUGGCUGCCGUUUAUGAAUUUCCAAACAAAAUAUCAAGCAAUCAUGCGAUUACUUGGUCGCCAGACCAUAGAAUCAGCUUUUGUACAGAUACGGCUAUGAAAAUUAUGUAUAUAAAUUGUGGAGUAAACAACCUUGAUAUUAAAAUAAGAUGCCAACAGUCAAGUUUUCCUGUCAAUGCUGAUAUACUAGAUAUACCACAGAUGACAAACGUCCAACUUAAAUUUCUCUUCAAGAAUUUGUCAAGAGAGGAAUUAAAGACACUUUCAGUUGAUAGGGUGAUGAAUCCUUGGAGAUAUCAGUUUGAUACAGUUGCUAGAACUGGAUUUGCCUUUGCAGAUUGGUCACCUGAAGGAGCUGAUGCAGUUGGGAGGAGUAUAUUAGCUACAUUAUCACAAGAUUAUAGACUAUGUUUAUAUUCACAUGACCCGUAUCUUAAUGAAUGGUUACAGCUUGUGGACCUGAGUGUGUUAAGAUGUGAAGAAACACAACCGAAGCUUGACCUGAAGUCAGUCACAGAUUACAACAAUCACAGGCUGUGGUGUUUAAGUCAGGCUGUCACUGUUAUGAAAUGGGGUACCAAAGUAUAUACAGAUACAGAAUCUGGUCAGAAGUAUAUAUUGCUGGCUACAGGGAUGAAAUCAGGUCAUUUAACACUGUGGAGAAUAAAUAUACCCACUCCAAACAAGUCAGACUGUUCAGUACUAUAUACAGUUAAACCAUAUGACUGUCAGAUCUCUGGUCUUACUUGGUGUCCACAAUCAGAUGCUGUAUUAAUAAGUUAUUUAGAUGGUCAGAUACAUAUUUUGAAGUUAAGUCCUGAAGAUAUAACAAAAGAGCCAACAUGGUCAUGUGUUUAUGGUGAAUCUGACCUCAUGAAGGUGUCAGCAUUAUGUGUGCUACAUAAAGUAAAGACUGGAGUUUAUAUGGUACUGGUAAACAAGGAACAUUGUUUGUUAGCAUUUGAGCUGGAUAUCAAUAAUUAUAAUGUCAUCUCACAAACACAUAUAUUCCUACACAAUACAUUAUCUGCCUCAGGAAUGUGUGAGAUAGAUGAUAAUACUGUAUUAAUGAUGAGUCAGGAUGCCAUGUUACAGAAAAUAACAGUAUCAGUAAAUGAAAACAAAAUACAACUAUCAGCAGUGCAAGCCAAUUUAGACCUUAGUACGUCAACUUCCUGGAUAUCACCUGGAUUCUGUGUAUCAUCAAACAAAGUUUUAGUAGCCUUCAUAGUCAGGCCAAAACCAGGAUUUGAUCAUCUCUCACCACAGUGGAAGAAAACAGCUACCAGAUUAAAUAUCAGAUGUAUUGAUGACUUUACCACUGAUCUCAAAUGGCGGGAAAAUUGUGUAACAAAACUAUGUAACCCAGAACGUUCUAUUGGUGAUCUACAUGAUGUAUUAGAACUGUUUCGUCAACAUGUGUUGAGUAAAAACUGUAAGGAUAUUGAGACAGUAGAUGACACAGGUAAACAGUGUCUCAGAAGACAAAAACUCAGAAGAUAUGCAGCUAAGCUUAAGCACAGAUACAAUAAAGAAAAAAAUUACGAUCAGGAGGAACUUAUAGAAGAACUAGAGAAAGAAACAAUUGACCUAAGGUGUAAGAUCCUGGCAGUGUCUAUGCAACAAUGUGUGGCGAGCAUUGAGGUGGAAAAGGUUUUGUCAGAUUCAAACAAAGGGACAGGUCUAGCUGUAGUGUACAGCAUGUAUACAUGGCUGAAUCAGCACAUAGACAGAGUCAAUGAUGUAGAGGGUAUUGAUGAUACUAAGUUACAGCUUGGGAAUAUUCUCACAGAUAAAAAAUGUGAAAUGAAAUGUUAUGUUUGUAAUUCUGAUCUCAAUAUGAACCAUUCUAGAUGGUUUUGUGACAAUGGACAUUUAUUUGAUAUGUGUUGUAAAAGUUUGCUGCCUGUACAUGGAGUACAAUACAGAACCUGUAUUAUAUGUGAUGGGACUGCUAGAUCACCAGAAAGCCUAAACAGUAUGUAA